UUUUGUCAAAAUAAUUGUGUUAAAAAGUAGAACGCAUCUUAGCAAACAUUUAAUCAUUUUAUUUUUGUUAUUUGAAGUAAACACAGAUUCAACCAAUUCUUUGAGGCCCUCCCAACGUCCACCAAGUGAAGGUGAACGAGUUACGUUGCAAAAAACAUCAGAAUUUUGGACAACGAAGAUGGUUGUGGAUUUUUUUGCUGGUCUAGUUGGAGGUGCCGCCGGAGUCCUUGUUGGACACCCCUUAGAUACAGUAAAAGUACACUUACAAACAGACGACCCCAAAAAUCCUAAAUACAGAGGAACAUUUCACUGCUUUAAAACAAUAUUGAUGAAAGAUGAUAUUCGUGGACUAUAUCGUGGAAUAAGUAGUCCAAUGUCUGGUAUUGGCUUAGUCAAUGCUAUAGUUUUUGGUGUCUAUGGAAACGUGCAACGAUUAUCAGACGAGCCCAAUUCCUUGCUGUCUCAUUUUUGGGCAGGUUCUCUCGCUGGAGUAGCACAGAGCUUUGUAUGUGCUCCAAUGGAACUGGCUAAGACUCGCCUUCAAUUGGCGAACAAUAUUGACACGGGAGUUAAAUUCAAAGGACCAAUUGAUUGUCUUCGUCAUAUUAUACGUACAGAUGGCAUAAGAGGUGCAUUUAAGGGGUUAGUGGCUACAAUAUUCAGAGAUAUUCCAGGAUUUUCCAGCUACUUCGUUUCUUAUGAGUUUAUAAUUCGGAUGAGAGAAAAACCAAACAUCCCAUAUACUCUUAUGGCAGGUGGAUGUGCUGGAAUGGCCUCAUGGCUGGCUUGCUAUCCUAUCGAUGUUGUUAAGACCCAUAUGCAAGCUGAUGCCUUAGGGUCAAGUGCUAAGUACAAUGGAUUUAUUGACUGCUCAAUAAAAGGUUAUAAAAAAGAAGGAGUAUACUUUUUCUUUCGAGGACUUAAUUCUACAUUAAUUAGAGCUUUUCCGAUGAAUGCUGCUUGUUUCUUUGUGGUUUCUUGGAUACUGGACUUUUUUAACAAAAACGGAAUUGAUAUGGUCGUCAAUUCUAACCAGCAGCUUAAUAUUGUAAAUUUGGAAAAUAAACAACUCACCGAUCCCACGGAUGAUGAAAUAGUACGUGAAAUAAUUACAGAUGGCGCUUUAGAAUUUCCGUUACUGCGAUCACAUGACAUAUAAUCAAAAUCAAAUGAUGCUUUGUCAUAAAUUUGUUUCUUUAAAAAUAAUUUAUCAAAUGUUCAAUUGAAAUUUGAAAAGAGCCCACAAUAAAACUAUAUUAUUUUAUAGUCUAUAAUAAAAA